UUAUUUCAAAGUAGCGCGCGCUGUAUCCGAAUUUAUAAAACCCUAUUUCAGUUUUGAUCAUGACAUGAUGGAUAUGGUUCCUUUGAAGUGUAAAUACCACGAAACACUAUUGGAAUUUGUUUAUAAACUUCAUUUCAAUUUCAUCAUGUGAGAUAUCCGUGUGUCUGAGCAGGCCGAAUGUGCACGCGCGGGCUUUGUUUCACCUCCGGUUCUAAGUUUUUUUGUCGCCAAAUUAUUUCAAAACUCAAUAUUUUUUCUGUAUUCUUUUUUAUUAAAACCUCCUUCAUAUAGUUAAGCAUGGAUUUAGCGUUAAUCUAACAGAAACCAAAAAUAUAUCAAAUAAUCUGGAUUUCAGGACCUUUGAAAAAUCAUAAAAAACAAUUACUCAAUCUUUUCUAAAACGCAUGCUUGGCUUAAUGCACCCAUCCCUCAAGAUUCAUGAAACGUAUUCAAUAUUUGUUUUCGAGCAAAAUUACUUUGAAUAUUUGCUUUUAUCUUUAUCUAUGACGUCACAUUAUGACGUCGCGGGGUAACGUCAUCAUAAUAGUCAGCACACUUUUGUUGGUCAAAUUGGCAAAUAUCAGACCCUUAUGACUUUCUACAAGGCUUUUAUGCUAUAUUCAAUUUUCCUUAUCAACAGAUGUCAGUCCGAAAAUACCGUCAUGCAUCGCGCACUUCGUUUGGAGCGUGUUCUGGUAGUUGAAGUAGGUUUUUGUAGUAAUUCUCGCGCAAGCUAAUGGCUGGAAUGGCUUAUUCUCUGCUAUAGAAGUUCCCGUUUGUCCCGAGGGCUGGGUUCCGUUCCGUGAAAGCUGCUAUUUGUUCUACUUUGAUCAUCAAUCGACGAUUGACAGCGAUGAGGCGCGCACAGCCUGUCGGCUCGUGACGCAAACCUCGCCGACAUACGGGACAUACAGGAGCACCUUUUUUAUGAAUACCCGGAUUGAGCAUAGGGCUGGUCAUGUACCAUAUGUUAUCGGGCGGAUUAAGAGAAACAACAGGUGGGAAUGGUGGCGCAGCAUCGUAGAUUCCAUGGGCAGACGGUCAACCUCAAGAACAAGUAAAUAAAAUUUGUGCAAGGAACAACAUAGGCGAAAUACAUGACCACUACUGAAGCGAUCGAUACACUACGGCAGCAAUCUGCAAAAAGCCAGCUACAGGCGGUGAGCAAGUCAAUCAAUAAAUAAAGUUACAAAAGUGCUAAGUUGUUAGUGAAGCGAAUAUUAUAUCUUCGAACCAUUACGCGAUUACAAGGAUGAUGAUUUCUCGAAGAGGAUGAUAAUGACGACGACGACGGCGAUGAUGAUGAUGAUAACGAAGAUGAUGAAAAUGAUGAUGACACGGUAAUGAUGAUAAUGGAUAAUGUUGAAAAUGAUGAUAAUGAUAACAAUAACGAUAAUGAUAACGAUUAUCAUAAAUCCCGAAUAAUGUUGAUGAUGAUGAUGGUGUAAUCAUGACGAUAAUGGUGAUCAUGGUAAUGUUGAUGAUGGUAAUGAUGAUGAUAAUGAUCAUGAUGGUAAUGAUGAGGGAUGAUAAUAAUGGUAAUGAUGAUGAAAAUAAUUAUAACGAUAAUCAUAAUGAUAAGGAUGCUGAUAAUAAAAAUAAUGAUGAUGGUGAUAACAAUAAUAAUGAUAAAUGUGGUUAUAAGGAUGAUGAUUAUGAUGAUUACGAUAAUGAUGAUAACGAAGAUGAUAUAACGUGUCUAGGUAUCAUAGUAAUGGUCAUGUUAACAAAAGAUCAUGUUGAUGGAGGUAGCGAUGAUAAUAUUGAUGGCGAUGAUAAUGAUGACGUGAUAGGGGUAAUGAGGAUGAAUAUGAUGUUGCUGGCGGUUAACAGUUCCAUGAUUCUCUUUGGUACUCCUGUUAUCUUUUCUCCCCUCCCGGACGUUGACGCCUACGAAAACAAGACUAUUACCCUCCAGUGCCAGGCCAUCGGUGACGCGGUCAUCAGCAUCGCCUGGUUACACAAUGAUACUCUGGUUCAGAACAGGUCCGUCAAUACUGCGCUUGUCAUCAGCAAGAUACCGCUGAACAUGAGCGGAAGUUGGCGAUGUGUGGCGUCAAAUCAUCUAGGAUCACAAAACAAAACUUUCUUUGUCGGUGUUAAAAAGCCAUCAGAUUUGUGUGUUCGGUUCAAUACUUUGAGCGAUGCGACCCGUUUCCAUAGCUACAAGACAACGUCUACUGCUCAAAGUGAUGCCUUCUUAAACCGGACUGACUGGUAUGCCUUCAAGAGUCCAACCGGUUAUUACCAGCUGCUAACCUCCUGUGCGCCCGCAAACCGAUGCAAUGCGGUCGCCACUGGUUGGCUCAGAGGAAAACACCCGACAACUGCAGAUGGCGUCGUGACGCGUACUGUGUGCUUCCAUAGAAACGGUGACUGUUGCCAUAGUAGCGUAAAGGUGCAAGUGCGCAACUGUGUGAAUCAAUAUGUGUACAAGCUGGUUCCGCCGGAUGAGCCGCUGACCGCAAGAUACUGUACCGAGGACCAUGUAGAGGAAGCUGACCCCACACACAACCGGCUAUUCCAGCUCUACCCAGUCCCCGCACGCCUCCAGCCCAGUCACGUGCUCGAUCAGGUAUAUGACGUCAUUAAUGAAAUGAUCUGCCUCAAAAUGUGCCUUCUAUAUGCUGAUUGCAAGUCGUUUAGCCACAGUGCGGCGGUCAGGGAAUGCCAGAUGUACAACACAACCGCUGAUGAUGCUGCUGGCGUCUCCAACCUAGACCACGGCUUCCGACACUACUUUUCUCACGAGCAAAAUCAAGCGGUGUUCAUACACCCUUGAAGAAAGAAGGGGAAUAUAAGCAAGCACGUUUUUCUUGAUGGUAGUCGGCAAUCGGAAGCUCAACGUUUCCCCUUAUGAUAAUUUGCUCCAACCCAAUUUAGAUAGAAGCAUCUGCUCUAUCGCCUUUAAUUCAAAAACCUGUUAACCUUG